AUGCGAACUCGAUCGAGUCGGUCUACAGAAGACUUGGUCGAGCUAGACUUCACAACGGGUAGAAAGAGAGUUCAGAGGUCACAGAGGGUACAAGAGGAACCUGAGGUGCUUGUUGCUGAUACAAUGGAUGUACCAGAGGGGAAUGGAAACCCUUUGGGCAAUGGACUCGGUCGAGCUAGGCAAACUCGACCGAUUGGUCAAGGAGAUGCUCCAAACCGCCACCAACAGAGACAAGGGAUUGUUCCACCACCAGUGCAGAACCACAACUUUGAGAUCAAGCUGGGAAUGAUCAACCUUAUCAAUGGUGUCUCUGAAGAUGCCAUCAAGCUGAGACUCUUUCCUAUGUCUCUAGCUGACAAAGCUCACCAAUGGGAGAAGAGCUUGCCCCAUGGCACAAUCACCACUUGGGAUGAAUGCAAGAAGGCCUUUCUUGCUAAGUUUUUCUCCACCGGUCGCACAGCCAAGCUUAGAGGAGGAGAUAUCCAGCUUCAUCAGCGAAACAAUGAGACAUUCGCAGAGGCUUGGGAGAGGUUCAAAGGGCUACACAAGUAUAGGGAGAUGCUAGACACAGCUAGCAAUGGGAACUUCCUCAACCAGGAUGUAGAUGAUGGCUGGCAACUUGUGGAGAACAUAGCAACUCAAAUGGAAGCUAUGGAGAAGAGUAUGAUCGCACCAACCGGAGCUCGACCCACCACUCGAUCGAGUCAGAGAAAUUGA